CGCGCCAAAUUUUAAUACAACAACAGCAAGCGAAAUAUUAUUUUUAUUUUGAGAAACUUUGUCAUUUCGUUUAUUAUUAUUGAUUAUUUGCUCAUUUGUUUACCUUUUAACAAUGGUGGGCCAGUACGACGAAAACUUGUUAUCUGAUAUGCUACCCAUAUAUUACACUAAAUUCUUUCCUCAAAACGUGUUUUGUAGGUGGCUUUCUUGCGGAAGCUAUCCGCAGCCACUCUCUAACAGAGAGCUAUCAUUUACUUUAGCAGACGACGUUUAUUUGCGCUACUUAUCAAUCAGUAACCAGAAAGAACUGCAGACCUUAUUUCAGAAAAAAUGUCCAUAUAAAUUAGAUAUAGGUGCUGUUUACAAUACAAAGCCAUCUAUUGCAAGACAUGACUCUGUUGUUUUGGCAAGAGAACUUGUAUUUGAUAUAGAUCUUACGGAUUAUGAUGAAGUCAGAACGUGUUGUCAGGAAGCCAGAGUAUGUGAAAAGUGUUGGAAGUUUAUGGUUGUUGCCUGUGAAAUUUUAGACAAAGCCUUGAGAGAUGACUUCGGCUUUCAAUCAAUCCUAUGGGUAUUCUCAGGCAGACGAGGUAUCCAUUGUUGGGUGUCUGACCAUGAGGCUCGGACCCUGGACAGUCCAGGCAGAGGAGCCGUUGCAGACUAUCUUUGCUUGAUAAUGGGUGGUGAAAAUCAAAGCAAGAAAGUUAAUUUAGGAUCUGAUAAUUUACAUUCUAGCAUUAGGCGAGCUCUGACUAUCAUAAACAAAUACUUUGAAGAAAUCCUUCAAGAUCAAGAAUUUUUUGCAACUCCAGGUGGUUUGAAAGGUCUACUAAAAUUAAUUCCAGAUGAGUCUUUAAGGACACAAGUAGAAAAGAAACUGGAAAAACUACCAAACUCAUCUUUAGAAAGAUGGAAUCAUUUUGUCAGUAUUUAUGAAGGAUACUGCAGAGAGAAUGGCUUUGCAAUGAGGAAAUUGAAAUAUUUGGUUGAAGAAAUUAAAAUCCAGUACUGUUAUCCUAGAUUGGAUGUAAAUGUAACAAAAGGCUUUAACCAUUUACUGAAAUCACCCUUCAGUAUACAUCCUAAAACUGGAAAAGUUUCAAUAGUCUUCAAACCUAACAAUGCAAGAAAAAUGAAUUUGGAUGAAGUACCAACUAUUCAUUCACUGCUAGAUGAUAGUACUAAAGAAAGUGCUACACAUCAAAAUAAUAUGAAAGCCUCAGUAAAGAAUUUCCAGGAAGUUGUGUUUUCCCUUGAGAAAUCUGAAGCUAUGAGAAGGAAAAUUGAUGCAAAUAUUUCGCUGGAUUUUUGAUUAAUUCAUAAAAUACUAAUAUGUUGGCGAUAUUUGUAAUAACUAUAUAAAUAAAACCACAUAAAAUAUUUUAAUAA